UUGGAGGCGUGUUUCCACUGAAACGGUGUGCGCGCUCCCGCAGCAACAGGGAAGAUGGCAGCGCUCACAUCUCUCACUCAGUUAGCAAGUGGGAACCCUGUGUAUGAGAACUAUUACAGACAGGUGGACCCCGGGAACACGGGGAGAGUGGGCCCCACCGAAGCCGCCCUCUUCCUGAAGAAGUCGGGCCUCCCUGACAUCACCCUGGGGAAGAUUUGGGACCUGGCAGAUCCAGAUGGGAAGGGUUUCCUGGAUAAACAGGGCUUCUAUGUGGCUUUGAGGCUGGUGGCGUGUGCACAGAACGGUCAAGACGUCAGUCUCUCCAGCCUGAGCCUGACCGUACCGCCCCCAAAAUUUAUGGACACUAGCAGCCCGUCACUUAGUGCGACUUCAUCUACGAGCGAUUCCCAUUGGGCUGUGAGGCCGGAAGAAAAAGGGAAGUUUGAUGGGAUUUUUGAAAGUCUGGCACCGGUGAAUGGACUCCUAUCUGGUGAGAAAGUCAAACCGGUGCUAAUAAACUCCAAACUACCUCUGGAUGUUUUAGGAAGGGUUUGGGACCUCAGCGACAUAGAUAAAGAUGGACACUUGGACAAAGAUGAAUUUGCUGUGGCCAUGCACCUGGUGUACCGCGCCCUGGAGAAGGAGCCUGUGCCCUCUGUCCUGCCCUCCUCCCUCAUCCCCCCCUCCAAGAGGAAGAAGUCUGUGGGUGUCCUGCCCGGGUCGGUCCCCGUGCUCCCCGCCAGCCCCCCGCCCCCCAAGGACAGCCUGCGCUCCACCCCGUCCCACGGGAGCAUGAACUCCCUGAACAGCGCCGGGAGCCUGUCCCCCAAACACUCGCUCAAAUCCUCACAGCAGUCUGUGAACUGGGUGGUCCCGGUGGCAGACAGGGGGCGCUACGACGACAUCUUCCUGAAGACGGACGCCGACCUGGACGGCUUCGUCAGCGGCCAGGAAGUGAAAGAUAUCUUCAUGCACUCGGGACUUCCUCAGAACCUGCUUGCUCAUAUAUGGGCGCUGGCUGAUACCAGGCAGAUUGGGAAGCUGACCAGGGAGCAGUUCUCUCUGGCCAUGUACUUCAUCCAGCAGAAAGUCAGCAAAGGAGUGGACCCUCCCCAAGCACUGACCCCCGAAAUGAUCCCCCCAUCAGAGCGGGGCACCCCUGUUCCUAGCCUGUCAGGGUAUAUGACUCCAGUAGGAUCUGAAAUGGCUGCACUAACUGAAAUGCGCCGUGACAGCAGCAGCUCUGUAGGGUCUGGGGAAUUCACUGGAAUCAAAGAACUGGAUGACAUCAGCCAGGAGAUCGCACAGCUGCAGAGGGAGAAAUACACGCUGGAGCAAGACAUCAGAGAAAAAGAGGAGGCGAUCAGGCACAAGUCGAGCGAGGUUCAGGAGCUGCAGAAUGACCUGGACCGGGAGACCAGCAGCCUGCAGGAGCUGGAGGCGCAGAAGCAGGAUGCCCAGGACCGGCUGGAGGAGAUGGACCAGCAGAAGGCCAAGCUGGAGGACAUGCUGAACGAAGUGCGGCAAAAGUGCCAGGAGGAGUCCCACAUGAUCGCCACGCUGCAGAGCCAGAUCCACUCGCAGGAGUCGGACCUGCAGGGCCAGGAGGAGGAGCUGAGCCGGGCCAAGGCCGACCUCAACCGGCUGCAGCAGGAGGAGACCCAGCUGGAGCAGAGCAUCCAGGCCGGCAAGGUCCAGCUGGAGACCAUCAUCAAGUCCCUCAAGGCCACCCAGGACGAGAUCAACCAGGCCCGCAGCAAGCUGUCCCAGAUCCAGGACAACCAGCAGGAGAUGAGCAAGAGCAUUGAGCAGUACAACAGCACGCUGAACGGCACCCACGGCGGGAGCAUGACCAACCUGGCCGACAUGAGCGAGGGCUUCCCCGACCGGGAGAACGGCGGCUUCGGCGCCAUGGAGGACCCCUUCAAGGCGAAGACGCCCGUGUUUAACAGCACCCCCCAGGACCUGCACACUGACCCCUUCCACUCCGAAGACCCCUUCAAGACAGACCCCUUCAAAGGUGACCCUUUCCAGAACGAUCCUUUCACGAAGCAGCCACCUACCACCGCAGACCCUUUUGGUGGAGACCCUUUCAAGGAGAGUGACCCGUUCAGGACGUCGUCCUCGGAAGACUUCUUCAAAAAGACGGGCAAGGCCGAUCCCUUCACGUCCCCGGACCUCUUCAAUAAGAGCGCCACGCUCCCCUCCAAGCCCAGCCACUUUAGCGGCAGCGAACCCUUCACCUCCACCAGCCCGAAGCCAAAAGGCCCAGAUCUCUUCGGAACACUAGACCCAUUCGGAAGCAGCUCCUUUGGCAGCAACAGCGGAUUUGCGGAUUUCAGCCAAAUGUCAAAGGGCUUUCCCGAGGACCCCUUCAACCGAAAGCAGGACACGCCGGCCCUGCCGCCCAAGAAGAGCGUCCCGCCCCGACCCAAACCUCCCAGCGGUAAGAGCACUCCAGUGAACCUGGCUGGGCUGGGCGACUCGGCCAAGCCCAGCGAUCCUUUCCAGCCGUUCGGCACAGACACCGGCGACCCCUUCCAGAGCAAAAAGGGAUUCGGGGACCCCUUCAGCGGCAAAGACCCCUUCGCCCCUUCCUCCUCAAGUAAAGCCUCUAAAGACUCUUCCUUGGGUUUUGCAGACUUCAGCUCUUUUGGAAAUGAGGCACAGCAGCUAGAGUGGGCCAAGCGGGAGAGCGAGAGGGCGGAGAGGGACCGGCUCAAGAGGCUCCGGCAGCAGGAGCAGGAGGACCUGGAGCUGGCCAUCGCCCUCAGCAAGGCCGAGAUGUCCAACGCGUGACCGCUCCCCCCCCCGCCACCGCCGUCGCGGGACUGUUCAUAUGUAUCCAUUUUCAAACGAAGCCGCACUCCCCUGUGCCCCCCCCCCCCCUCCCAUUUUAUUUUAUUUCAUGUAUAGGAGAGAGAGAGGAAUCUGUGGUUUGUCAAUGAAGUUAUUAACUGUACAUGCACUGUAUAAACUGUACUAUAGGGGCUGACUGAUGUAUUAUUUAAUGAAUUUGUGUGUCAGAAACCAGCGGAGGACGUGUCUACAGGCAGUAGGUGAGGUAGAGAAUGCUUUUUCGGGCAUGCCGAGGGGCUAAAGGAGAAAAAGAAAAAUCUUUGUACGCUUUGCUUGUUCAGAGCCAUCGUCGUGCAGAUGAACCGUUUCUGGAGGGUUCUGGAAGGUUGUGUGUGACACGCAGAGUAGCAUGUGGUUUCCCACACAGAUUCGAGGUACUCCGGUAUGUUUAACGAACAAAAGGAAACGGACCUGGGCGAACAGACGAUUUUUCGAGCGUUUUAACGUUUUAAAGCUAAACACUGUUUUUCCUUUAUUUUAGCUUGAAAAUCGUAUAUUCUUUUUAGAAAGUAUCAUUUUUUUAAUACAGAGGAGAAAGUUUACAUUUUUAUAUAUAUAUUUUCCAUGUCAAGUUGGUGGUCCCAGUCUGACAGGCUAACAUACUUACGACAAGCACAAGCUGCGGACUCUUAUGAUUUUGAGUACGUCCCUCAGAUGUUACACACUUUGCUCUUAAUAAUCACAUUGAGUAGCUGCAUUUGAAUAUUGAGUUCUAAACGUUUACCGACUGCACUGUAGAUCUGUGUUUCCUGUAAACCGUUAUUGUUUGAAACUGUUUGCAGAUUUAUUGAAGGGUUUUUUUUUUUUUUUUCCUUUUGUCAAUUAACCGCGUGCACCCAGAUCCCAUUUCAUUGGCCAGCUCGAUUUGUGCGUCACUCAAAGUUGUAGCGAAUGGUACUGCUUCGCACAUCGAGGGCUGUGGUUUCCAUUCGUGUUGCCAUUUAACCUGGGUUGAAACUUUUAAUUUGAUGGAAGGUAGAAAUUUGCAAAGGUGAUUUCCUUUAAAACAUUGAAGAGUGAAAUUUAGAUGUUUGCCCCAGUGUUAUGUGUCAUGGUUUUUUCCCGCUAUACCUUUUCUGAUUGUGGCCAGGUAGUAUGUUGACCCUAAAAAUAUAUAUCUGACCAUUGUGUACCCGCCCAUGCAUUUUACAUGCUGUUCAAAUAAGAAAAGAGAAAUAUUGCAGCUUUCCUGAGCCAUGUGUGAUCUAGUGAAAUUGUAGAUUUAAAAAAAUAAUAAAAAAAUGUUUUAACACCUGAGUUUCAGAAGGGGGGGGGGGUCUAUUUUUCUCUGAUGUAUGAAUAGCACAGCAUAAUUUCGGUGUGCUGCUUUGGUGUAAUGGUGGCCCACAAUCUCUUCCCGCUGUUUUUGGUUACAUAACUGGGUUUUUCCGAUUGCUGUCAAAACUAAAAGAUAAUAAAUGACAUGUGCAGGUACUCCUACCAUUCCCCCCCCCCAGCAUUUGUACAUAACUACGUUUACCUGUGGUCUGCUCCUCUCCUGUGGCCUGUUGUUAAUAUCUGCUUGUGGUGUUUUAAUCACAAGAGGAUGCCUACAGUACCGAACGCCGGCAUAGCCCCUCUGUGCUCUCAGUCAGUGAAUACCCAGAGCUGCAGCUAUAGAUUCACAGGCCCAGGACAAAAUACAUUGGAAGUCCCCCCCCCCCCCCCCCCCCCCAAUGUGUCCUAGUGGCCCCCUCAUAUCUGCAGCCCUGCUUCUGCCCCUCCUGGUCUGACCCUGCCUUAAAGUCUGAAGGGCCCCUGGGUCAGAAAAGGGGGGACCCUACGCUCAGAUGGCACUGUGUCAUGUCCCUGUGUUGCCCCUCUCCCGGUUUCAGAACACGGAGAGGCAGUUUGGGUUUCGGUUGUUGCAACACCCCCCCCCCCCCCCAUAACAAACUGUUAUGAGUUUCCUGCAGAUAUGACUUUUUCCUCUUUCGUUUUUGGUACUUCCAUUGUGCAAUAGUUGUUUUAAGGUGUAUGCGUUGAAGGAUAGCUGCAGAACUUAGCGUAGUUACAUUUUUUAAAUUAUAAUUUCACUUUUAAACUCCCCCUCCAGCCUCCCACCACCAUACAUUUUUUAAUUUCUUUGACUGUUUACGUUGACGUUCGUUGAGAGGUUUAUUUCUUCCAAACGCACAAUGUUUAUCCUUGUUACUUUGUUCUGAGCUUUGUUCAGGGGGUUCGACUGCAGGUGAAAUCUGAAGCUUACUGCAUUCCUCUCCCCUCUCUCACCUUAGGCCUCCCCUCUAGUCCAGAACAAACAGCAAAUAAACGUGUCAUACCGCAACGCAUAAGGUGUAUACAGAUUGUGUAUAUUUUACGUGUUAUAUUUGUCCUUAUAAAAAGUGGGAAAUAAAAACAGAUGUGUAACUUAACUUUUCAAAUGAUUAUAAUAAUUAAAAGCUUGGGUUUCUUUAGAAUUUUAAUCCUCUGUACAUGGUUAUUGUUUAAUAUAAUAAAAGCAAGGUGACAUUUUG